UGCUGGGCUGGGCUGGGCUGGGCUGGAGAACAACAGUGCUGGAGACACCAGCGCUGCCGGACGAGGGCAGAGGGCCGGCCCCAAGGCCCAGGGCGCUGGAGCUGGCCAGAGCCGGACCCAGAGCUCCCGCAGCUGCCCUUUCCUGGGCCGGGUCAUGCGCUGUCCCAAGUGCCUUCUCUGCCUGUCAGCACUGCUCACACUCUUGGGCCUCAAAGUGUACAUCGAGUGGACGUCCGAGCCCCGGCUGGGGAAGGCCUACCCGGGACCCCGCAGCACCCCACCAGGCCCCACGCCAGCCAGCCCCGAGCCCACCCUGCCGGCCAACCUCUCGGCCCGUCUGGGCCAGACUGACCCGCUGCCCUCGGCCUACUGGAACCAGCAGCAGUGGCGGCUGGGGACCCUGCCCGGUGGGGACAGCACUGAGGUGGGGGGCUGCCGCGCUUGGGGAGCUGCCGCUGCGGCCGAGAUCCCCGACUUCGCCUCCUACCCUGAGGACCUCCGCCACUUCCUGCUGUCGGCAGCCUGCCGGAGCUUCCCACGGUGGCUGCCCAGGGGUGGCGGCGGCCAGGUGGCCAGCUGCGAGGACCCCGACGUCCCCUACCUGCUGUUGGCCGUCAAGUCGGAACCAGGGCGCUUUGCGGAACGACAGGCCGUGAGGGAGACGUGGGGCAGGCCGGCUCCCGGGGUCCGGCUGCUCUUCCUGCUGGGGUCCCCGGCGGGCGAGGGGAGGCCUGACCUAGGCUCCCUGGUGGCCUGGGAGAGCCGCCGCUACAGCGACCUGCUGCUCUGGGACUUCCUUGACGCCCCCUUCAACCAGACGCUCAAGGACCUCCUGCUGCUGGCCUGGCUGGGCCACCACUGCCCCAGCGUGAGCUUCAUCUUGCAAGCCCAGGAUGACGCCUUCGUGCGCGUCCCCGCCCUUCUGGACCACCUGCGGGCCCUGCCGCCCAGCACGGCCCGUGGCCUCUACCUGGGUGAGGUCUUCACCCAGGCCAAGCCCCUCCGGAAGCCUGGAGGACCCUUCUACGUGCCUGGGUCCUUCUUUGAAGGCGGCUACCCAGCCUACGCAAGUGGGGGCGGCUACAUCAUCGCGGGCCGCUUGGCACCCUGGCUGCUGCGGGCGGCGGCCCGCGUGGCCCCCUUCCCCUUCGAUGAUGUCUACACCGGCCUGUGCUUCCAAGCCCUGGGCCUGGCCCCCAGGACCCACAAAGGCUUCUUCACGGCCUGGCCGGCAGGCCGCACUGCUGACCCCUGUGCUUUCCGUGACCUGCUGCUGGUGCGGCCCCUCAGCCCCCAGGACAGCGUCCGGCUCUGGAAACAGCUGCGGGACCCUCAGCUCCAGUGCUGAGACUCGGAGGUGGGGAGGGGCGGGGAGGGCAGACCUGGCCUGGGCCUUGGCGCCAGCCCCUUGCUCAGCCUCUCUUUCUAGGCCUCGGUGCGAGGAAGGAGGUCCUGGAAUGGAGGCUGCCUGAGCCCUCCCUGGGCCUCCCCAAGAGGCGACAGACUGUUUCCGUCUUUCAGUUUCUGAGGCCUGGAGUCGUCGUCUCUGUCUACGGGGCCUUGAGGCAGUUUACAGAGCAAAGCUCAGCUGCACCCUGACCUUCACACCAGAUGCUCUCCCCACCCUUACUGGGCAAGGCCGGCUCCGAUGGCCUCUUGGUCACCUUGCUGGACACCAGCUUUGACCCGUUCUAUGGGAGACAAGAGGCCAUCUCCGGAGGACCCCACCCCCAUCCUGUUUGCUGAAGCUGACCUUCCAGCU